AUGCUCAAUUACACUAAUGACUAUUUUUCUAAUUUUUCUGAGAAAAGGGUGAAGGAAAGAACUGUUGAAGAUGCUCUAUAUCGAGUAAGGGAAUGGAGGAGAAUAUAUGAGACGGGUUUAUAGAAGGAUUCUAAUAAGGAAUCAAGAAUCACCCUUUAAGAGGCUGCUAAUCUAGUUAAAAUACCCAAAAAAACAUUAGAGGACUAUAUAUAGAUUUUCAAUAAAGUUAGUUUAAUCUGUCCAAUUCAAGAUUUUUAGAACAAAAAAAUGGGAUUUCUGAGGACUUUUAUAAGGAAAAAUAAGACUAAGAUAAAGAAGGCUGCUCAGGCGAAAAGAUAGAGCCAACAGGAGUCUCUUAAUGUCAAAAUUGAGGAAUCCCUUCCGCAAUACCUAAAGAAUUAAUUUGAAAACUCAAUGACCUAUGAUAUAAAAGAAGGAAAUUAAAAAAAUGAUUUAAAUUUCGAUAUCAAAAUAGAAAAAUUAGAGGAGGAAUGA